AUGGAUAUCGAUAUCGGAUUGCCUGAUGUGCACCAGUGCCCCAUUGGGCGGCGUCCUCCGGCCCAUGGGGGCGAGAAGCGUAAGCGCAAAAACGCUUUGCCCCAGCAGGUGUUGAUCGUCCAUCAGGACGAUAAGGUUUUGCGAGUUCUCGGUGCUGCGAGGUUGACGUCGGUUCAACGGCUUGGCCCGGAGACGUAUGCGAGGGCAAUAGAAGUCCAGCGGCGCGUGUUCCAAGAUCCCGACCUACUGGCAUGGCAGAUUGAGGACUUCAGGUUGCUCCAGAUCGACCCCAGGUGGACCUUCACACCCAACGUUGAUCUGGCUACUGCAAAUGUCGCCUUCCCAAAGAAGACCCAAGUCGUGAAAAACACCCUCAACGCAUGUGACCUGCACGACUGGUGCAAGUGUUUCAAGAUACAUGCCAGCGUUGCCUCCGUUUGGAGAGGUCACUUGGACAUGCCAUGCAUCAUUGCGCCUGCAUCUUACUGCUUGGCGAUGGGCGUAGAAACGCCCGCGUCGACACUUGAAGCAGUGGGUGCCGCUGCCCCUGAAUCGGAGGUUGUUGCCGACGUGGGCGUUUUGCGUCUGCGACAGACCACGCAGCCUCGUGGGCGCGGCGGGCAGUUCUCCUUCAACCCAGAUGUUUUGCUGCGUGCGUGGUUACUCCUGAGCUCCGUGCGCUCCAGUGGCCUCUCCUUGAAGGCAACGAUUUUGAGAGCCAUGCGGCUCGCGAUUGAGCCCGAGCAGUUCGCGGCAAUCCAGCGCAUGAUCGAUUCCGGCGAGCUCUGGCUGCCUGGCCUGACCUGCAUGGAGGCCGUCGAAUACAAGGUCAACUUGAUAGAUUUGCAUUUCCAGAGGCACGCCAUAUCGAGCACGUCAUACAGUCGCCAUUGGAUGGCAGAUUCAAGCCCGCAGCUGGGUUUCAAUUAUUUCGCCGUAGUAGAGGAUCGGUUGGAAUACCCGGCGGGCACGCCUGCAGGCGCAUUGGUCAACCUCCCCAUCUGUGGCAAUUUCAGGUCUAGGCACCUUCCUUUUGUGACGCUCGGUCGUGGGCGGGCAGGGGUUGCGUACAAGAGUCUCGCACUGCAUCACAUGCUGGGCUUGGAAACUGGCGCGUGGGCUAAGUUCCAGGCGGCGAGGAUGCAGGUUCGUACGUGCACUUCUGACCAAGGCGUGGAGCAGGACGUAGUCGAUUCAGCUUGUAUGUAUUCCGAGAACUUUCAGAACACCGCGGAGGUUCACGAAUUAGCUUUGAGUGGACAGCUUGUUGGCCAGGCCCCCACGAAUUCUAUGAUCAUGGCUUUCCUGUUACCUCGGACGUUAUUUUUCGCAGAUUGUUUACAUGUGAUUUUCAACAGCUUGGAGGCUGCUGUCACAGAAACUGAUUGCUGGAAAGAGGUAGGGGGCCAUUUUGUUUCGAUUGCGGCUUUCUUGUCAAACAGGGACCUGCGAUGCCGGCUCGUCGAGGUGUGCUUGAGAGGGCACCCCCAGAGGAUGAGUUUCGAGGCGUGGUCCAUCAAUCAGAAUUUCAAUUGGAAGUGGGAGUAUUUGUCUAACUUUCUAGAUUGCUUGGUGCCGUUGAUACAGCCUUUGCAGUCCACAUUUAAGCUGGAACCUUUUCUGGGCGAUUUGAAAUGGAGCAAAAAAGACAGUGAUACCGCGGUUCGGCUCCACAGCGCAAUGAGUUGCAACAAACUGCAUGGGGUCGCGCUGGCCCUCCAAUCGUUGUGCAGUGCCAUCAAGCGCGCCGUGGGUUGCUUGGAGGGUUGCCGAUGCCACGAACACUUACUCGAGCGUGGCCGCGGCAAUCCCGAUUCCUUUAGGAGCAGGCUGGCAAAGUGCAGACAAGCUGCGAAAUCGUGUCCGUGGAGCGGUCGAAGGGCAGUGGAGCUCGUCACCCAUGGGCUCGACCCUUUGUUGAAGUUAGUGCGAGGCGCAGGCGCAAAGUCGUACAGGAAUUUCCUGGCGUCCGAGAGUUGCACCGCGGAGCUGCGCGGCAUCCUGGUGAACCUUUUGGACGAGUUGAAGACCAAAAUCAUUGCCAGUUGGACUCUCAAGAUGCAGUACCUUCUGUGGCUGCCCUUCAAAAUGCUAGGUGUUCUGAGCCACGUUCUUCUCGGCGAGCCUAUUGAGCGCGCCCGUGAGAUUUGUCGAGAGUGCGUUCAGGAGCGGGAUGCCAUUGUAGGACGGGGCGACGCCCAUAAGUUACACAGGGUGACAUCUUUCAUGCUUGUGGGCGAGACGAACCCCAGGCGAAUCGAGUUGGAAAGAUUCGCCGCUGGUGGAGGACUGGGGGCCACAGCCCACGCUGAGCUACUGCAGUACGCACUUGCUUCCUUGAUUACUCGGAAAGUUGAGGCUGUCCACUCCCGGGUCCACCAUCAUGGGAAGAAGGUCGCAUCGCGACUCCCUUCUUUGAUAAACUCCAGGGUCAAACGGAAGGAGUUGCUCGAGAUGUUGGAUGCCCCUCGGUUCUUCGCCUUCGCCGUCGCGACCUACCGGAAGCGGAACCUCGCCAGGGGUUUGCUCGAGUUCGUCACGCCGCCGAGGUUGAGGUUUCUUGUCCCAAUGUGA